CUGGCGCUGGCCGCGCGGGCGCCCAGCGCUGCCUAUGGUGAUGCAGUCACUGCGGCCAUGGAGAGUGUGCCGCUGCGUCAGGAGCCCCCACCAGCCGCCGGCCAGCGCUACCGGGUGCUGGUCACGCCCGUGUCCUGGCGCAGCCGGGCCCACUCGCUCCUCAAGAUCGCACACGAGCUGGCGGCUCGCGGCCACCACGUGACCGUGCUCAUGGCGGCUGCUCAGGAGGGCUGGGCGCGGACAUGCCUGGCCGCCUUUGACGAGGCGCGCGGGCGGAGGAUCCAGAGGUUGUGGGGGAUGCGGGGGAUGUGGGGGAUGCGGGGGAUGGAUGACGGUGCCCGGCACGGAGGAGUCGUGGAGGGGCUAGGCGGGUGGGCUGCGGCGGCAGCAGCGGCGGAAGGGCUGCGCGGCGGCGGGGGUGAGGUUUUGGAGGCGGUGCGUGACGCUGAGGGAAGCGGGGGGCUGGCGGCGGAGCCGGGCGGCGGCCAGAGUGGCGGCGAGGGCGCGGCCGCGGAUGGCGGCGUGGAUGGCAGCGUAGAUGGCGGCGCGGGUGGCGGCGCGGGUGGCGGUGCCCGGCUGCGGCUGGUGCUGCAUGACGGUGCGGACAUGGAGUCGGAGGCGGAGGCGCUGGUGGGCCAGCCGCCCCUGGCGCAGUUUCAACACGUGGUGAAUGUCACGCUGGAGGCUUGCGAGGCGAUACUGCGCAACAGCAGUAUAAACCGCAUGGUGGCCCGCGGCCGCUUCGACGUCAUCCUCACCGACCUGGCGGACAUGUGCGGCGCCACGCUGGCUGAGCUGUGGCGCCUGCCGCGCCUGGACCUCGACACCGGCGCCACACGCGCCGCCGGGCACUGGAACAUCUACAACCAGGUGGGGCACUGGAACAUCUACAACCAGGUGGGGCACUGGAACAUCUACAACCAGGUGGGGCACUGGAACAUCUACAACCAGGUGGGGCACUGGAACAUCUACAACCAGGUGGGGCACUGGAACAUCUACAACCAGGUGGGGCACUGGAACAUCUACAACCAGGUGGGGCACUGGAACAUCUACAACCAGGUGGGGCACUGGAACAUCUACAACCAGGUGGGGCACUGGAACAUCUACAACCAGGUGGGGCACUGGAACAUCUACAACCAGGUGGGGCACUGGAACAUCUACAACCAGGUGGGGCACUGGAACAUCUACAACCAGGUGGGGCGUGGGGUGGGCGGGCGAGGCCCCGCACAGGUGUUCUCGCCCGCCACGGUGCCCUCCUUCCUGGCGCCACUGGGGUCUAACACCAUAUACAGCUUCAAGGACCGGCUCAUUAACACGCUGGCGACUCUCCUGAUGCGGGCCAUCCACUGGCGCGGCGUCACGAUCCCCAUUGAGGCUGUCCGUGCACGCGUCAAUGUCACCGCAUUCGAUGAGAUGAUGCUCGCUGCGGCGGCGGAAGCUGCAGCAGAAGCAGCGGGAGCAGCCACAGAGGCAGGCACAGCCGCAGCGGUGCCCAAGGCAGAAGCAGGGGCAGCAGCUGCAGCCAACGCAAAUAGGGGCACGACGGCGGCAACAGCAAUGGCCACGUGCGCCUGCCCUGCAAUCUACACGCCCGUGUGUGCCGCCAAGCCCGCAGCGGCAGCAGCCGGCAGCGGCAGCGGCAGUAGCGGCGCAGCAGGUUCCGCAGAUGCCACUGCUGCCGUACGUCGUACGACAUACGACAACGCAUGUGCAGCCGAGUGUGAGGGCGCCGGUGUGUUGCAUGUGGGCCGGUGUGACCCCGGUGGCGGCGGCGGUGAGGGGGCCGGUGGGCGGCUGUUGCGAAACAUUGCGGACCGCACACGCACAGCCUUGCAGCGAACGCUGGGCGCCAUUGGCAUCGGCAGCGCCCUUGCGCAUACCUCCUCCAGCACCACGUCCACUCCCACCUCAACCACCACCACCAUCAGCGGCGGCAGCAGCCAGCCGCCGCAGCAGACCUGCCCCGCCGCCAGCAAUCACGACGCGCCAGCGACAACAAUCGCUUCAGCUUGCACGGCAGGCGACCGGAGCCCGGGCCCGGGCCCGGGCCCGGGCCCAGCAGGCCUGGCGGGGGGCCUGGCGGGGGGCCCGGGCCCGGGCCUGGGCCCGGGCCCAGCAGGCCCGGGGGGGCGCCUGGCGGCGCGGCGCGGCGUGCGGCACCGACUGCUGCCGCUAUGGGAGUCCAACCUGCGCUGGCUGGUGCUGGUGCUGGUGGCGGUGGACCCGGCGUUUGCGGACGUGAGGCCCAUGGGUCCCCACUUCAAGUUCGUGGGGCCCAUCACGCCGGAGCCGCCGCUGCCGCUGCCGGCCGACGUGCAGCGCUUUGUGGCGCCGCCGCCAGCAGACACUGACGGCGAGAGCGACGGCGGCGCCACGCAGCCGCCGCAUCAGCCGACGCCUCCCCACAGAUCUGGGGUUCGGGUUGUGUACGUGUCGCCGGGCUCCACCUUCAGCUUUGGCGACCCGGGCCAGGCACACCUGCUCAAGGCGCUGCAGCAGCUGCUGCCGCCCAGCUACCGCAUCCUGUGGCGCUCCAAGCGCUCGCACCGCCAACAGCUGGAGGCAGCCCUGGAGCGCAUGGAAGGAGAGGUGGAGGAAGCAGAGGCGGCAGAGGGGGCGGAGGCGGCAGGGGAUGCGGAGGCUGAAAAUCACGGCGGCCGCCGCCGCCGCCGCGGCGGCAACAGCACUACUGCUGCCUCGGUGCUUGAUCGCAUGGUGGCGGGCGGGGCCGGCGGCAGCAGUGGCAGUAGCAGCGGCAAUGGCAGUAGCAGCGGCAAUAGCAGUAGCAGCGGCAGUGGCAGUAGCACCAGCGGCGGCCGGCUGAUGCUGUUGGACUGGGCGCCCCAGAACGACGUGCUGGGGGCGGCGCAGGUGGUGCUGUUCGUGUCGCACUGCGGCAUCAACGGCCUGCAUGAGGCGGCCUACCACGGUGUGCCUGUGCUGUGCAUUCCUGCAGUGGGCGACCAGCACGUGAACGCUGCCAUGGUGGUGUCGUACGGAUUGGGCCGUACACUGGAUCCAGCCAUACUCAACGGCGCCAACGGCACGGCGGCGGCGCAGGCGGAGGUGGCGGCGCUGCUGACCGACCCCUCCUACAGGCGCACUGCGGAGCGUGUGUCGCGCCGUAUGCGCUCCCAUCCCCUGCCCGCGGUGGUUGUGGCGGCGGACUGGGUGGAAUAUGCGUCGUCGGCAGCUCGCGCCGGGCCGCCUGGCUUCCUAGUGCCGACUGAGGCGGAGCUGCCGCUGUGGCGGCUGCUGCUGCUGGAUGUGAUGGCAGUGUGUGUGGGCGUGGUGGGGCUCGUGGCAGUGCUGGUGGUGGCGGCGGUGGGCUGGUGCGGGCGGUUGCUCCUGCGCCUGGCGCGGCUGAUGUGAGGCUGAUAUGAGGCCGAUGAGGAUGUGGGGCCAGGUGGCUGUGUUGACAGCCGGAACAUAGCUGAGUAGACACCGUGCUGAGUUGACAUUGUGCUUGUAUAGACAGCUCUAAUGAGGCAAAAAGGCAGACGCUGGAGGCUUAAGGCACUUCGUGCCAAGCUGUACAAAUCAUCAUCACAAAAACUUGCCUUCUCUGUCAUCAGCCUGCGGCCUCCUUACGACCCUUGGUUGGUCGGACUGUGAUGUCGCAUUCUUAGGUGACUGCGAACGUGUAUGGGGGGGUUGGUUCGUUGGGUGACUGCUGCCGGUACCUCUGUAAUGUGUAAUUGCAGGGGAGGACCUCCCCUGUGUACAGGGUCAUUGAGGACAGGACUUGCAUUUUCAUUCCAGGGGCGGACCGCCGCCACUGCUGGUGACAACGACCCUAACCACAUUCUCACCCACGGCAUCCAGGGGCCAGAAAAUGCCUAGUUGCUAGCGUUUGGGGGAA